GGAUUGUUUACAAGCACAGUUAACCACGUGUUUCUAGCGACCCUCAUCAGAACUAAAGUUACCACUCAAACUGCGCGGAAACAGACAACAAGCGAUAUAGUUGAUAUUUAAGGAAUCAAUACACAAAACACAAUGAGUGAUGGUGACAGAAAUGAACGCCAACAGCCGCGGAACCUGACCGGGCUGUUACGGCUUUGUGCAGAGACAACCAGAGAAGAUACAACAACAACAUCUCAGUUCGAAGAAAUGGAUCAAGAGAGAAAGGAUUUCCUGAAUGCAGUCUUAAAUGAAAUAACAGUUAAUCCAGUGGAUAGGCUGAAGGAGUGUUUGAGGUUGAUCCUGAGUGCAGGAGACAGUGAUGCAGAGCACGAUACAGUUGCGGAACUGCUUGAAGAGGUGUGCGAGAUAUGUGAGGAGAUAGACAUGGCCACAGACUUUUACAAAAUUGGCGGUUACCAGAUCCUUCCAAGGCUGUUGCACAGUGGAAACUUUGAGCUGAGAUGGAGAGCUCUGGAGCUGAUAGCAACCUUGGUGCAGAAUAACCCAAAAUGUCAGGAAACAAUCCUCGAAGCUGGCCACUUACCUGCACUGUUGGAAUUGCUGGACACUGAUUCAAAUGACAUGGUCAAAAUAAAAGCACUGUAUGCAACAUCUUGUUUGCUCAGGGAUCUGCCAGAGGCACAGAAACAGUUUGAGGAACAUGAUGGGUUCUCCAAGAUAAUGAGAGCCAUGCAGUGUGAUGUGGAGAAAUUGAAAGUGAAAGGAGCUGUGUUGCUAACCAGCCUCUGUUCACAACAGCCAGCAUUUAAAGACACGCUGUGUGACAUUGGCAUGGUUGAUCAGCUGGUAGGGUUGUUAGGCCAGCCCCACACAGCCUGUCAUGAACACAUGAUGUCCGCUCUGUUGGCCCUGGUGACUGAUCAUGAGAGAGCACAGCAGGAGGCCCAGAGGCCACAGCUACAGCUGUGCUCUCUACUACAGAACAGAAUGCACACACUGCAAGGCAAAGAGGAAUUUCAGGAGGAAAGGGAUUAUGCCAAGGAGAUCAUGAAGAUUUGUUUUCUUAAUGAAGUUGAGACGGAUAAGGACAGCAAUGAAGCCUGCAGGUAGCAGAGACCUGACUGAGUGUGUGACCCAGCUCAUGAUUGUGUACACACUGACUGACCGGAAGACUGAACAAUGGAAUCCAAGAGAGUGAAAAUACACAUUCAGUCUUUUUCAUAAAGGAUUUGACAAUUGAUGUGCAAUUCAAGACAAAGGACUUCUCUGGUGUAGUUGUGUGAUAUGUUUGAUGAUUACAGCCAUUAAAAUGUUACUGUACUUGUAGGUUACUGAGGUCAUGCUGAGAACAUCUGGAAACUUUCCCAUCAUAAUGCUAAACUGAAGUUCACAAAAUAUUUAACUAGCUGCAAGUAUGUCAUCAUGUACCAUGUAAGUCUAAUUAGAUAUAUUUAUGAAUGAUUUUGUUAAGUAUGUGUUCUUGUUAAAAUGUUCUUACUUCCGAGAUAUAUGUGCAUAUAUUUAUGUUACAACACACAUUCAUGUAUGCUGUGUGUCAGAGUCAUUCUACUGUGAGUCUGUUUGUAGCAGGUACCAACCAACCUUUCCCUCCAAUAGUGGGUAGUUGAUGACUGAUCCUUUCCUUGGCUCUCAUAACAACCAUACAUACAG